CGUCAAGCUCGCAGACUUUUUUUAACCACCAAACAAACAAACGCCGCUUCUCAGUCAGAAUCACACCGUGAUCUUCGGGUCAUCGGGUCCUUCUCGUCGGAUCCAAAUCGCGACAAAAAAACGACGCCAUGGAAGAAGCCCCUCUUAGUUGUGAGCAAGUACCUGAAGGUGAAUACUGUGUGUCGCAGAAAGAAAGAGAUGGUGAAACAACAGUAUUAGAUGGUCAGAAUGGUUUAAUUGAAGAGAAAAAAGAAUUUGUUGCUCCAGCUGUUGGGAUGGAGUUUGAAUCAUAUGAUGAUGCUUAUAACUAUUAUAACUGCAAAGCUAAGGAAGUGGGCUUUCGUGUUAGAGUGAAGAAUUCAUGGUUCAAGCGUAAUAGCCGGGAGAAGUAUGGUGCAGUACUUUGCUGCAGCAGUCAGGGUUUCAAAAGAAUUAAGGAUGUAAACCGUUUAAGGAAAGAAACAAGAACUGGUUGUCCUGCAAUGAUAAGAAUGCGAUUGGUGGAAUCCAAAAGAUGGAGGAUUAUUGAAGUUACUCUUGAACACAACCACAUAUUAGGUGCUAAGGUCUACAGAUCAAUAAAGAAGAUGGGUGCUGGAACCAAAAGGAAGUCACAGUCAAGUUCUGAUGCAGAAGGACGGACAAUCAAGUUGUACCGAGCACUUGUAAUAGAUGCAGGGGGAAAUGCAAACUCGAACUCAAAUGGAAGAGAACUCAGGAAUCGUUCUACUCAUCCUAAUCAGUUGAACCUUAGAAAGGGUGACUCUCAAGCCAUUUAUAACUACCUAUGCCGAAUGCAAUUGACGAAUCCAAACUUCUUUUACUUGAUGGAUCUCAAUGAUGAAGGGCAUUUGAAAAAUGUUUUCUGGGUUGAUGGUCGGUCCAGGGCUUCAUGUAGUUACUUCAGUGAUGUUAUCUAUGUUGACAACACUUAUUUGUCAAGUAAAUAUGAAAUCCCACUAGUGGCAUUCGUUGGAAUUAAUCACCAUGGCCAAUCUGUGUUGCUGGGUUGUGGCCUGCUUGCUGGUGAGACUACUGAGUCUUAUAUUUGGUUGCUCAAAGCAUGGCUUACAUGUGCUUCUGGACGGUUUCCACAAACUAUUAUUACAGACAGGUGCAAGGUGUUGCAGACUGCAAUUAUUGAGGUGUUUCCAAGUGCUCAUCAUCGUUUUGGUUUGUCUCACAUAAUGAAGAAAGUUCCAGAAAAAUUGGGAGGGUUGCGCAACUAUGAUUCCAUUAGAAAGGCACUUAUCAAAGCAGUUUAUGAAUCCCUGAAAGUUAUUGAAUUUGAAACGGCAUGGGGAUUUAUGGUCCAACGCUUUGGAGUUGUUGAUCAUGAGUGGCUUCGUUCUUUGUAUGAAGAUCGAAUCGUAUGGGCUCCAGUUUAUUUAAAAGACACUUUUUUCGCUGGAAUGUGUCCUACACAGCUAGGUGAUAUCCUUAAUCCAUUUUUUGAUAGAUAUGUGCAUAAGCAAACUCCUUUGAAAGAAUUUCUUGAUAAAUAUGAAUUAGCUCUACAAAAGAAGCACAAGGAGGAAAAUCUUGCAGAUAUCGAGUCAAGAAGCUCGAGCCCUACGCUGAAAACAAGAUGUCCAUUUGAGUUGCAGCUUUCUAAAAUAUACACUAGAGAGAUAUUCAAGAAGUUUCAGUUCCAGGUGGAGGAGAUGUAUUCUUGUUUUAGUACAACACAGUUACAUGUUGAUGGGCCAAUCAUAAUAUUUUUGGUCAAGGAGCGCGUAUUGGGUGAAGGAAAUAGGAGGGAGAUCAGGGACUACGAAGUUUUGUACAAUAGAACAGCUUGUGAGGUUCGUUGCAUCUGCAGCUGCUUUAGUUUCUAUGGGUAUUUAUGUAGGCAUGCUUUGUGUGUGCUUAACUUUAAUGGCGUGGAGGAGAUCCCUUCUAAGUACAUCUUGUCACGGUGGAAGAAGGACUAUAAACGCUUGUAUAUUCCCGAUCAUGUGUCCAAUAACGUUGAUGCCAUUGAUCGUGUGCUAUGGUUUAAUCAGUUAUAUAAAAGUGCCUUGCAAGUUGUGGAGGAGGGAGUGAUUUCUCUGGACCAUUACAAAGUUGCAUUACAAGCUUUUGAGGAAUCGUUAAAUAGGGUUCAUGAUGUUGAAGAAAAGUAAGAAUAACUAACGAUGCAAAGGUGCGAUAUUUUUUGUAAAUAUUAUUCCUCUCUUUAUCCUAUUAGUUCUCCCCCCCUCAGUUUGUUCACUUUGAGGUUUUCAGUCUUGUGCAGAAUAUCAAAAUGUCAUUAUCAUACAUAAAGAGAGUAUCAUAUACCAAUUUUCUCUAGUUUGUAGAUUCCAUGCUAA